ACCCGAUGCCGCCAAAACUUUCGCGGAACUGCGCCCUCUAGAAAACCUGAAGUCUAGGACGCGCGUACGUACUUGUAGAAUUCCCUCAGUGCUCCAGUUCUUUUUCUUUUCUUUUGUUAGCCCUUUCUAAUUUAUUUAUUUGUUCUAAACCUCACCGCCAAAUCUUUACAAUUAGGUUUCGUAUAGUUUCUCCCAAUUUCUAAAUCCCCGAACCCUAGCCUUCAAACUAGCCCUAUAUCACUCUUCUAUAACGAGAUAGGGUGUUCUAAAAUCAGUUAUAAGUUCAAAUUUCAUAGAUCCACAAUUAUUUGUUUCGUGUCAGUUGGCUGUAAUAUGAAACCCAGAAACCUGAGACGAGCUUGAUUUCACCAAUUAUAAUUGAGAUCGAAGGCUACUUGAUUGUUGAGUGAGGGCACUGGACUGUUUUACGACGACUUGGGUCCGAUGGCGAUGAUCGGCGACGCGCUUCGCCAAGCGUUCAUGCCGAAGCAUGAGUACGAGAGCCUCCGGGAGGAAGAUAAGGCGUGGGGCAAACUUCAGAGACCUUUCGUAAUGGCUUCCAUGGCUUCCAUCUGCCUAGUACUAAUUGUAUGUACCAUUAUUAGUUUGAGCAUAGUGUUCCCGCCCGACAUUGGGAAGAGGCCAUUUUGCCGUGAUGAAAGGCUUCAGCCACUGACUAUUAACACGAAAGGAGGAGGCGAUUCCGAUCUGUUUCCUGGCGCGUUUUAUCUCACGGACCAGGAGACUGUGGAUUACUACUGGAUGGUUGUGUUCCUUCCCUCCAUGUUAAUUUUCUUCGUCUCGGUUGUCUAUCUUGUUGCAGGAAUCACUGUUGCUUCUGCUGCUCCAGCAAGACAUGGGUGCUUGAAGGUAGUCGAAAAUAAUUACUGUGCCUCAAAAAGAGGUGGCAUUCGUUGUCUCUCUCUGCUGAAUACUAUCUUUGCAAUCAUUUUUGGUCUUCUUGCAUUAUUUCUUGGAUCAACGCUCCUCACAUUAGGUAACAGCUGCUCUGUGCCCCUGUUUUGGUGCUAUGAGUUCACAUCAUGGGGGCUGGUUAUUUUGUAUGGAGGAACUGCAUUCUUCCUAAGAAGGAAAGCAGCUGUGAUUCUUGGUGAGGUAGAUUUUAGUGCUAGAAACCUUGGGCUGGAAAUGCUGGAAGCUAAUCCCUUGGAAGUCACACCAGAGGUGGAAAGGCGUGUUAAUGAAGGGUUUAAGACAUGGAUGGGGUCGUCCCUCUUAUCCUCUGACGAAGAAGAUGAACCCGAAAGUUAUCAGGAAGUGCCUCCUCCUCAUAUUGUUCAUACCAAUUCUAACAGGCAAAGAGUGUGAACUACACGUUUUUUUUUUUUCUUUCUUUCUUCUUUUUCAAUUAUCUUAUGAUUUAGGCAUAGAGAGUAGAUGGAAAUCCAGUUUUGGAUUAUUGAAUGCACCAGCUUUGUCAUGAUGGUUGAACGAAUGCCAUACAAAACAAGAUAAUGCUAAUUGGCUGGGGAUAAAUUCCACUGUAUGAGCUGUCGGUUCAUCUGUUAUCCUAGGUAAAUAUUAUCUCAGCAACGUGGCUUGGUGAUAUUUUUUGUUGGUUUGAUUAUCAGUUAAUUUGGUCUUAUGAUGGUGCGCCUAUUGGUGCAGCGCUCUCUUGCA